UGCGCUGGGAAGCACAUGCCAACUUGUUCUGAACACGCUGCGUGUGUGUGUUGUUUUGUCUUAGCCAUAACCCAGCUGCUGUCUCGUUUUUUUGGCUUUGAGCCAUAAAAAAUCAUUAGGGGUAUCUACAGGGCGAUGUCGGGAAAAUAUGUUGUUUCUGUUUGUAACGACCAGAGCUCACACACGGCUCGUUUUGGACACUUUUUACGUGCAGAUUGUCACCAGAAUGAGACGCAUCACCCAUCAUCGUACAUAAGUGUUUAUAUGUCAUUUUGUGCUGUAUUUUAACUUCUUCGGGAUUGACGGUGUAAACAGCUGCGGAUAAAAACGUGUUUAUUUGCAAACAAGCAGAAUCGUUUUUUAUCCAAAACUUAUUUAAAUCGUGCGUAAUCUGGAGUGUAUUGAAGAAGGUUAAAGGUCUGAUUGUAUUUCGUUGGCACGAUUUUUCCUUGCGAAUGGAAAAAAUUCAAAUAAAAGUUGUGAAGCAACUCCUGGACUCAGUUCAAGCUCAAUGUCGGAUUUGUGUUGCCACCUUUUAUUUAAUACGUUAAUUCUCUCUCGGUCUCCACUUUUAGUUUCUGAUGACAACCAACUCUCUGACCACUUGCUGCGAGUCCACCGGCAGAUCCAUAGCCGACUCCGGAGUAGCGGCGUCCGGCCAGACACCGGUCUACUGCCCGGUGUACGAGAGCCGGCUGCUGGCCACGGCGAGGCAUGAGCUCAGCUCCGCCGCCGCGCUGGGCGUGUACGGGAGCCCCUACACCGGCGGUCAAAGCUAUGGGAAUUACGUUACAUACGGCACGGACGCGUCGGCUUUCUACUCGCUGGGAGCAUUCGACACUAAAGAUGCCACCGCGUCUGCGCAUGCAGGGAUAACCCAGGCGGCAGCUUACUACCCCUAUGAUCCUACCCUGGGACAGUAUCAGUAUGACAGAUAUGGCUCCAUGGACGGGGGAACCAGGAGGAAAAACGCCACGCGCGAGACGACCAGCACGCUGAAGGCCUGGCUGCAGGAGCACAGGAAGAACCCGUACCCGACUAAAGGCGAGAAGAUCAUGCUGGCCAUCAUCACCAAGAUGACGCUGACGCAGGUGUCCACCUGGUUCGCCAACGCCAGGAGGAGGCUCAAGAAGGAGAACAAGAUGACGUGGCCGCCCAGGAACAAGGGCUCGGAGGAGAAGAGAUAUGACGAUGAUGAGGACGGCUCUCAGGAGGAGCAGAUAAAAAGUGAAAACAAUGACGAUGAGACCAGGAGUCGGGCUGAUAAGGACCUGCAGCUGAGCGACCUGGACGACUUCGAAACGCUGGAGUCUGAGAGCUCCGAGUGCGAGCUGAAGCACCGAUACCUCAUGAACACGCACAUGACCACGACGACCGACUGCCCCGCCGAGCACCUCCUCAAGGACACGUCUCUGAAACUCUCCAUCCCCGUUUCUCUCGGGGGGGAGCAGGACUUGAGCAAGAGCUGUCUCAAGACGAGCCCGGAGGAUUUCCAGGCGGACAGCAGGCAGCAGGCCAAGGCGUGUUAUAACCAGCAGCAGCAGAUACUGGACGGCAAACCCCGGAUCUGGUCUCUGGCCCAGACCGCAACGUCCCUGAACCAGACUGAGUACCCCUCCUGCAUGCUGAGGUGCCAGCCGCCGGCCUCCUCCCUCAGCCCGUCCCCCGCCGCUACCUCACCCGUGGCCGGCCUGGACAACAGGCAGGACUCGCCGGUCACGACCCUGCGAAACUGGGUGGACGGGGUCUUCCACGACCCCUUGUUCAGGCACAGCACUUUGAACCAGGCCCUGACCAACACCACCGUCUCUUGGACCGCGAACACCAAAGGCGCCAUGCUGGAGGCCGAGAGGAGCGCGGCGGUGCUGCAGCAGCACCACCACCAGCAGCAGCAGCAGCACCAGGACUCCCCCAAAGACAGCAGUGCCAUGACUUUCCCCAAAACCAUCAACAAACUUUUUUGCUCCUAACGAAACCAAAACGACCCCUUUAAUGCAAAAGGACACAGACUUGUGACUGACUGAAAGUCGAAUGGAAAAGCCACUUGCGUCUCCAUGUCCCCCAUUCAUCAUGUUUUACUCCUUUUUCAAUGGUAGCUAUGUAUCCUGUUACAUUGGCGUCACACAAGUGAGAUAAUUACCGGGUCCGUUUGGCUUCUUUGAUUCAACGCACGCACAAAACGUAUCGAAUUGUAUAAAGACAGUUUACAUAU